CUGAGAUCGGAUGAGGGAGAACACAAGCCCUGUUAUUCACAUCUAACUCAAAGCGACGAGCCUUACCUUCCAGCUGCUCCCUGGAUCUAAGUCUGCUGGAAAGAAGAUCGGAUGCUGAUUGACAUGUUCAAGACACUGUCAUUUGCCCGUGGAGCCUUGUUCAUUCCCAGGGUCCCUCUCUCAGUGAGGAUGAGCAGCACUAGAGUAGAAAAGAAACGCAUUUUGGCUGACAAAGUGGCUGUGAUCACUGGGUCCACCCAAGGCAUUGGCUUUGCUAUUGCGCAACGAUUGGCCCGGGAUGGGGCCCAUGUGGUGGUGAGCAGUCGCAAGCAGCACAAUGUUGAUCGGGCUGUGGUGACACUGAAGGAAGAGGGACUCAGUGUGAGCGGCAUAGUGUGCCACGCAGGGAAAGCAGAGGACCGCGAUAGGCUAGUGACUAUGGUUGCAGAGCAACAUGGAGGUGCCGACUUCGUAGUUUGUGCUGCUGGAGUUAAUCCCUUAGUAGGGAGCACCCUGGGAGCCAGUGAGCAGGUCUGGGACAAGAUUCUGGAUGUGAAUGUGAAGUCCCCAGCCCUGCUCCUGGGCCAGCUAUUGCCUCAUAUGGAGAAAAGAGGGGAAUGUUCUGUGAUCUUGGUAUCAUCAAUUGCAGGCUAUGUUCCAUAUCCAAAGUUGGGCCCCUACAAUAUCAGUAAAACCGCCUUGCUGGGCCUCACCAAGACACUGGCUGUGGAGCUGGCCCCAAAGGGCAUCCGGGUGAACUGUCUGGUUCCAGGUAUUAUCAAGACUAACUUCGGCAAUGUUGUGGUCAGAGAAACAGACUUCAUUCAUGCAAUGAAGAAAGUAUAUGGAAUGCAGAGGAUUGGACAACCAGAAGACUGUGUGGGGAUUGUGUCUUUCCUGUGUUCUCCAGAUUCCAGCUACAUCACUGGACAGAACAUUGUAGUAGCUGGCUUCUCCCUCAAGAUGUAAGGCAACCUGUCAAGGAACAUGAAACUAUGACUCUGGGUGGCAAAUAGUACAUUUGAUCUUGGGAACUAGACAGAAGUCGGGUAAGGAUAGAAAAUGGUAUGGAAGAAGCCCAGGAGGGUUUCAUUAACACCCAGAGACUAGAAAAGGGAAGUGAAGGGAAUAAACAUUUAUAUAGUGCUUACUACAUGCCAGGCACUGUGCCUUUAAGCACCUUAUGAAUCUGAAGCUGGAGUUUAUGUGUAGCCAAUAUAUAAAUACUCAGAGGCCCAUAAGAGGAUAAUCAUUUUCCACAGUUGUUUUUCUGGUAAUCACUAGUUUAAACUUAUACCACUGGGCUCAAGGGGAAAGCAUAUGACAGAUCAGGGAAUCUUAUCUAUUUCUUCAUAAAAUAUAUGAAUUGUGGUUUUUUAAUAUCCUUAAACCCAAUUCAAUCCCUUAAUCUAUUCCCAAGCAUGUACCUGAUCUUUACAUGUUGAGAUCUGACCAUUAAUGGGAGUCCCUAGAUAAUUAGACUAUAGUUAAAGUGUGAUAGGGGCUAUUGUUCAUUAAUGGACUUAAGAAAAGGGAAGGACACUUUUGUAAGU